AUGGAUGAAAAUUUGAGUCGAGGCUACGUGCAGCUUGGAAAGGCGAGGGGCAUGAAUGAAUUAAAAUUCAAUGAUGGAUUUACUCAUCUUUCGCCGCCGGUCGACAAGUGCAAUUUUAUUUAUUUUGCACUGGUACUUGCCGGCGUUGGAUUUCUUAUGCCGUAUAAUAGCUUUGUCAUUGCUGUGGAUUACUUUCAAACGAGGUACCCUGGAACGACAGUGAUAUUCGACAUGUCUGUCGUCUAUAUUACUAUGGCAUUCUUUGCAGUCUUCAUGAAUAAUAUUCUUGUUGAGACCUUAUCCCUUAAUACGAGGAUAACCUUUGGGUACUUGGUAUCUUUCGUAACACUGAAUUUCGUUGUUAUAUGUGAAAUCUGGUGGGAACUUUUUGGGGUUUCGACUUCAUAUACAAUUAAUUUAGUAGCUGUAGCUGUAGUUUCUCUAGGUUGCACAGUUCAACAGUCUAGUUUUUACGGAUAUACGUCGAUGCUCCCCAGUCGAUACACUCAGGCCGUUAUGGCUGGAGAAAGUGCAGCUGGUUUUUGGGUAUCAGUAAAUCGGAUAUUAACUAAAUCUUUGGUGGAUGAUGAGCGCGGAAAUACAUCAAUGUUUUUCGUUCUUUCAAUUUUAACAAUCGUGAUGUGUUUUGUACUUCACCAGUUGGUUCGAAAAACCGAAUUUGUGCAAUUCUACGUUACUCUUUGUCAAGAGAGGAAUAAAAUCACUUUGGAACCAACUGAAGACGUUGGUUUGAUGGACCCUUUGGAUCAAGCUGGAGACCCUACAAGAGCACAGUACGGAGUCCUAAAAUUACAAACAAGUCCUCUGGGAAAUGAUUCAGCAGGUGGAAGUGCUGACCUAGCAAAUGGGCAGUAUUCUGCAUUCUCAUUCAGUAACCCAGUUUACGAACCUAGUGCACCGUCAGGAAAUCCUCCUGGUAGUGUUGGUCCAACGUAUAAAGUUGAGGAUGUAGUUAUAAUGAGAGGAACUUACAGCAGCAGUCAAACUAGUAGUAAGCCUUGGUCUGGAAUCAAAAGAGGACUUCUUGCAAGAGUAGAAGUAGCGAAACUGAUAUUUCCAUACAUGGCAAGCAUUGGAGUGGCUUAUUUUGUGACCUUAUGUCUGUACCCGGGAAUAGUGUCUGAGAUUAUUUCCUGCAAAUUUGAAUCUUGGAUGCCGGUUAUUUUGAUGGCUGCAUUCAAUGCCGCUGACCUUUUGGGCAAGAUGCUGGCUUCAAUUCCGUAUGAAUGGACACGGACUCAAUUAUUGUACUUCUCAGUCGCAAGGGCGAUUUUGAUACCCUUUUUCCUAUUGUGUGCGAUACCAAGACGAUCACCAAUUUUGGCUGGAGAAGGAUACCCUCUACUAUUUUCUUUACUUCUUGGUCUUACAAAUGGCAUUGUUGGAAGCGUUCCUAUGAUUCAGGCCCCUAGUAAAGUUCCCGAGGAGCAUCGAGAACUUGCAGGAAACAUCAUGACGCUUUCUUACACAACCGGACUUACAGUAGGAUCUGUUCUAGCCUACAUGUUGGAUGCAUGUUUGGGUCCUCCGAUUCAGGCAAAACAAAUUUGUCCAAAACCAAGAAAAACUAUCGCCUCUGUUGGUAACGUCACUUUGAAUAUUUUGACAAAUGCAGUUUCUUCAACAUUUUCCAGUGUUGAAAAAAUCACAAGGCUUCCAAAAGUAAAAAGUACAGCUGCUACCUUAACCACCGUCCUAACGACGUCAUUGGCUCUCAAUAGUACCAAUGUUUUAAAUAAUGGGGUCACAAAUUUAACAACUACUGCGUUGCCAAAAAUUCUUGCGAACGCUACUGCUACUAUCAGUAAUACAAUCCUUCACUAAUUUUAUUUUUGUUUUUAAAUAUUUUAUAACUUGAACAUUGUUUUUUUUUCUGAAGUUUACGAAUAGAUGACUUUCUUCUGUUCUGAAAGCUUCUCAGCAUUUAGCUUCGUGUAUAAAAUUAACUUUUUCUUUAUUUAAUAUUCUUUUGUGAAACUCUUUGAUGAUUGAAACGAAAAUUCCGUCAGUCUUCAUCUUUGAAUACAAAAUUAAGAUUUAAGCAUGUUGCGGUUAGAAAUUCUAAAUCUAAUGUUACCAAAAUUUUAUUUUCAAGUCGAUUUUUAAUAUGUACUAUUUGUUUAUUAUGUAGAUACUUUCUUUUUGUUCUUAAUUUUAUUAUAAUUUAAAGCUUGAUUUUGAAUAUUUCUUUUUAAUAAGAAAGUAAAAUUGUAACGGAACUAAUCAAAUGCCAAGUAAACCCCUAUUUUUGUAUAAAGAA